AUGCCUUCUCCAGCCAGGGUUUGCUAUAUGACUCCUCUGAACAUUGUGUCAAACCGUAAUGGAAGCUUACAUGAAUCUUCUUCAACCCAGAAAGCUUCAUCUGAUGAGCUUCUUCGCCGGUGUGAUUUUGAUUGGGCCGAAGAUGUUGGGGACGCUGCGACCAACGAUAAUUCACAUAUGCCCAUCACACCAGACCCUCUUGGUUACCCAUUGCCAAAGCCAGAUAUACACAAUGAGAUAUAUCCUACUACUCGCUAUCUUAGAUAUCCCAAUUAUAGGCCAUCACUCCCAACUGUCUAUGAAGAAGUCUGGGAUGAGACAUUGGGCUGGGUACAUGGCACUCAAGAUAUAACCUCCAGCUCUUCUGAGAGAAUAUUCACAGACUCCGAUGAUGAUACUACCGAUCUUUCAGCAUACGAGGGAUCUCCCAUCAAUGACGAGUUAGCUCAGAACAUGUUCACAGUCAACGGUGAACCAGACCUCCACUUGGCUGCACAACAGUCUAUCAACAAUAUCUUUGGGGACCGUCAGGCCUGGAUCAAUGCCGAUACAGGGAUUCAUCACUUCAACUGGAUGGGGCUACGAGUUUACACACGCAGCUCGACCUCUCCGUCUGAUUCGCUAGCCAUUAUCCUCGCAAAGCCAAAAAAGCCACAGGGAGGUGCCAUGUGGAGAGUUUACUCAGUUCUAAACCGAGCUACCCAGUACAUUGACCCCGUACUUGUAUUUUUGGAUCACCAAGAUGAAAGUUUGUUUGAACUCCGAGGCUCAGAGCUUGUACGUGCCUCCGCUGGACGUGUUUUCAAAUUUUAUUCGCCUCAUGGAAUGUGGAUGGAGGAUUCGAGCGAUACGAAUGACGAUAUUACGACAGACUUUGGUAAUACCCGGACUUACGAAGCGACAGGUUUAGCCGUUGGAAAUGGCUUUGUUGAGUCGAGUGCCAUUCGCUCACUGUCACAAUGGACUGAGUGCCGUGAUGAAGCCUCUGAAGCCGCUGAGAGAUCGAGUCGGUUUCCCCGACGGAGGACUUGGGAGCGGAAACCCUCACCACUGCGACAAUGCGAGUCUAUAAAAGACUCAGAGUACCCUGAGGCCUCAAGCUCACUGGCGUUCAAGCAGGCGAAGAGACCGCCUCGUAAGAUUACAACUUGUGUAGCUGGGGCACCGCGUGAAGAAUAUUUCUCCUUCCCGACUCCUAUCUUUGGUCGCUAUAGGGCAAUCAAAAAAGCAUUCCAAAAGGUGCAGCGGGGGUGGAAAUCGAUGCUCAGAUCAAUCAAGCACACUCUGAGCUAG